UGAGGCCAUGGGUGCCCCACCCGCCACCAGUUUCAGCGGAGCACCAGGGGUGGCUGCACUACAGCGGCAGAUCUUCGACUUCCUGGGCUACCAGUGGGCGCCCAUCCUCGCCAACUUCCUGCACAUCAUGGCCGUCAUCCUGGGCAUCUUUGGCACCGUCCAGUACCGCUCCCGGUACCUCAUUCUGUACGCGGCCUGGCUGGUGCUCUGGGUUGGCUGGAAUGCCUUUAUCAUCUGCUUCUACCUGGAGGUUGGACAGCUGUCCCAGGACCGGGACUUCAUCAUGACUUUCAACACCUCCCUGCACCGCUCCUGGUGGAUGGAGAAUGGGCCAGGCUGCCUGGUGACACCUGUCCUGAACUCCCGCCUGGCCCUGGAGGACCACCAUGUCAUCUCUGUUACCGGCUGCCUGCUUGACUACCCCUACAUUGAAGCACUCAGCAGUGCCCUGCAGAUCUUCCUGGCUCUCUUUGGCUUCGUGUUCGCCUGCUACGUGAGCAAAGUGUUCCUGGAAGAGGAAGACAGCUUUGAUUUCAUCGGUGGCUUUGACUCCUACGGAUACCAGGCGCCCCAGAAGACGUCGCAUUUACAACUGCAGCCUCUGUACACGUCCGGGUAGCUUCUGCCCCGCGCCCACCCCGGCGCUGCAGACUUGGUGGCUGGACGAACGGCGCUGCGCGAACUCGGGCGAGGAUGGGCAGGCGCGCCCUCUGGCGGCUCCCGGGCCGACUGCAGGCUGCACCGGCUGGGCUGGUUCUGCUGCCCCUUGGACUUGGCGGCCCUUUGCAGCACGGACUUAAGGGGUGGGGUAGGGCGGGGCGGGGGAGGGGGAUCGUGGGGUUUGUAUUUUUUUUUUUUAUCUCAGCCUUGGCCUGUUCUGGGGCCUGCCUCCUCUCUCCAGCCUCUCCCUUUCAUCCUUCACCCACAUCCUGCCCCCUGUCCAGAGAGAAAUGGCAGGGUGGACAGACAACCCAUGCCUUCGCCAGCCCUGGGGAAAUAUGCCAGCGAACUAGGGUCAGGCGUGCUGGGUUCUACGCCCUGCUCCAUCACUGACUCUCUGGCGUUCUUGAAGCCCUCUCUGGACCUCAGUUUCCCCGUUUCCAUUAAAGCAGUCCUUAGCAGGUGUAUUCAUUCUAGCCUUCUCAAUUCCCUGGGUUAGGCUGGGGUUAUGAUUCUCAUUCUGCAGCCAUGGAAACUGAGAUCCAGAGAUGGGAAGCAGCUGCUGGAGACCACAGCCUGAGCUCCAGGUAACCACAGUCCUCGGGCAGCGUCCUUCCUGUAGUUUCAGACUCCAGGAGCCAGUGGUCCUCUCUGGAUUCCAUCCAGGCCCUCCCCACCUGGACUCUCUAGCACCCAUGCGCUGGACACCACACUCACAUCACAGCCUCCACCUGCCAGCGCCUCUCAAAGCAAUAUAAUCAAUACUUUCUUACUGGGAACUGGAUGGACAGAAGCCCAGAGCCCUAAAUCCAGCCUGACCCACAGGGAAACCUCCCGAAACUUGCCCUUUGUCCACCCUCAGUAAACUUUUCAAGCUCUCUCCAAUAAAAGGGGACCACAGCUCAGUCACCUCACCACCUCCUAGGUCCCGGAGGCUGGGUCUGCUGCACCCAUGAUCCCCUCUCAGCAACCCCACCAUUACCGAUGGUGACACCCAAUUCAUCAGUUGGAAAACCUGUGGUUCCAGAGAAGAGGGCUGGUCGCCCGUGUUCCAGAUCACCAGCGUUUAUGACCUCUCCAGUGUCCACGCCCAGCAAGCCCAGGAGCUGGUCUGGAAAGGCAGCAUUGGCUCCAUGGCCCUUGGUGGGUGGGGAGGACUGCACCCUUCUUUGCAAGCAAGUAGACUUGAGAGCUCAUUCUCCCCACCUCCCUCCACCUACCGCUGAGGAUGUCGGGUCCUCAGCUAGUACAGCCGAGCAUAGGAGGAUCAGGCUUCAGCUUCCUGGUCUGUGAGCAGGAGGGUCCUGGAUUAGGAAGGAGGGGGGGAGGCUGGGUGAAUGUGCCUGCUGUCCACGCUGGCCACUGUAUUUGUUGCUCUCUACCCUCUGAUCUAGCGUCCCUGACACCCAAGGUCAAACUCGCAAGCUAAGACUCUGCCUCACCGUCCCAUCUGCAGAGCUGGACCGAGGAACUCUGGACGGUCAGCGGGUGGGUACAGCUCAAGGGGCAGAGUGCCCUUCAGGCCAGUUCCUACCUCCAGCCUCUUCCACUCCCAGCCGGCUGUCAUCUCACCCCCACCCCCUUUCUACUCAACGGGUUUAGCCACUGGUGCUUUGAAGCCUUUUGUUUUUAUAAGAUGGUUUUUGCAAGGGGACCAAGUUCUCUUCUCACUGGGCCCUUGCAAGGCAGGGGCUGUUGCCCUGGCUUCUGUGCAGGUGGGUUGAUUAAAGAUGGUUUUUCUUCUUUAUCCUCCUGGCCUCCUGCCCGUGAGUCAGCUUGAUUUUCCUAGCGUGAAGUCCCUGCCCGAGGUGGACACCUGUGGGAGUCCAUGUCACUGUCAUUAUCAAACAUUCCUGGGACACCAGCCUGUGGCUCUGGCUGACUAGUUUUGGGAAACGCUCCCUGUCUUGUCCCUGAAAUGCACAAGUGGUGCUGAAUCAGUGGGUCCACAAACCUGGGAGAGCUUUGGUUUAUCUUUCUGACCACGUGUGCAUGUUAAGUUUAUGCUUCCAAAUACACUUUACACCUCGCCUCUGCCCUCUUCCUGGCUUGGAAGAAGCAGCUCCUGACCUGGGAUGAGCUGGCAGACAACGCUUUAGACACAGAUGCCUGCGGCCCACCAGGA